AUGUCUGUAAUUAUACGACUUCAAAACUUGCCCUUAUCCGCAGCAGCGUCUGAUGUGCGCGCGUUUUUCUCGGGCUUAAAAAUUCCUGACGGCGCAGUUCAUAUUGUCGGAGGACCAGAGGGCGAUGUGUUCAUUGGAUUUGCUUCUGAUGAAGAUGCCAGACAGGCGAUGAAGAGAGAUAGAAUGAAAUUACACAAUUCUGAGAUUCGGUUGCUUCUCUCAUCGAAAACUGAAAUGAAUGCCGUCAUCGAGCAGGCAAAAGCCGGCUAUUUCUCUCCAAAGGAUUCUGAACUUCAGUCGACCGCGCCACUUUCAGCCGCUUGGAAUGAACGGCAAAUGUAUCCGCCGCAAAGACCCUCAUUUCCGAAAUAUGUUGCUGACGACACAAAUAAGCCAGCGUAUGCCCGAAUGGAUUAUGCACCAAGGCGUUCUCCGCCAAGACGAUCGCCACCAAGACGAUUGUCUCCGCCAAGAAGAAGUCCGCCAAAAGAGAUUUACGAAGGAGGGUACAUCGGAAAAUUUGAUACACGUCCGCCAUAUCAGCCGUUUGAAGAGCGGUCUCGUGCAGUUCGAGAAGAGACACCUGAGAAUGGGUUGAAGGAUGCGUUCGCGAAUCUUCCGCCGCAUCUUCGACCACCGCAUGGAAUACCGCCGCCGCACAUGAGACAUCUUUUGCCGCCGAAAAUCGAGUCGCCGUCAGAUAUCAGAAAAUCCGAUUCGGACUCGUGGAGAGAAUCGAGAUUCAAUUCAGCAUCUGAGCCGCCGGUUUAUCCGACAAACACACGAGCGCCUUUGAUAAAGACGCUGCCGGAGUUGCCAAAAAAUGGGGCUCGAAAACCGCUUCUCGGAAAUGGAGCACCACCAUUUAAUGAAAGACCAGUUCCGCCACAAUUACCGCCAUUUGUUAAGAAAGCUGCUCCACCAACAAGCUCGCCAAAUGGACAACAAUCUACUACUAAUUCGGAGAAAUACUAUAUUGAGCUAACCCGACUUCCCAAUGAUUUGUUGAGUCCGGCGAACCUCGAAGAAUUCAUUAAACCGUCGACACCGCUCACAUUGUCAUCGGCGAAAGUCGUUUUCGGACCAGGAGGAAUUCAUGUUCAUACGAUUGUCCGUCUUGAAUCGCGCGCUGAUAUGACUCGAAUGCUUAGUCGAGAUGGAGAAAUGGGAAUCAAAAUUCGUGAAUCGUCCAAACGCGACUUUGACGAUGCCAUCGAUGGCGUUCUUCCACUUGCCACGACUCCUGGAAUGGAGGACGAGAAUCGACCAAGACGUCGUCGAAGCCCGGAGAUUCGCCGAAGUCGCAGUCCGCCGAGAAGGCGUCGAUCGAGAGAACGAAGCAGGAGAAUGUCGCCGGAUCGCAGCAAAAGAAGGCGAUCUCGAAGUCCGCGAUCGUUCAAACCGCACACCGACCUCAACCGAUGGUGUGUUCAGAUCACAAACGUGCCAUUCAAAUGUAAAGAAGAUGAACUGCAAGCAUGGUUUGCGCAGAAGGUGAAACCGGCGAAAUUGGUGCGAACCCAUUAUGCGGAUGGAAAUGCAUCGGAUCGUUGGAUCGCCGAGUUCUCAAGUCAGAGUCUCAUGAGAAGAGCGAUGAGCAUCAAGGGAUUGUGCUCAGGAAGAACAUUGAGACUUCAAUAUAUCGACAAUGAUUUGGCGGAUGAGCUUAUGAGAAUUGAAGAUGUUUAUGGUGCGGAGAAGAAGCAGCAGAAUGAGGCACUUCGGGAUUAUGCUAUGAAAGAACUCGAAUCGAGAAAUCAUCAUUUGAUGAGUGACGACGAUCCGCAAUAUCCGUCGACGUCGCAAAUGCCUCUUCCGCCGCCGCCGACAUUUUUCCCGCGCGGACCACAAAGAGGUGUGCCGCCGCAUAUGGUACGAGGCGGAAUCGCCCCGCGCGCCGGCUACCAUGGAUAUCCAAUGCGUGGAAUGCUGCCGUAUGGCGGAGGUAUGUAUCGCGGGAAUCGAAAGCCUUCCGAGCCGCCGACGGUGAAUCCAAUUUCGGAAAUGGCUCGUUCGUUGGGACCGCCGGGUACUGUUGUUUCGUGCAGCGGAUUCCCAAGAGAUGUCACUUUGGAAGACGUGUUGAAAUUUUUUGAUGCUUAUAAUCCCGACCAUAAUUCGGUUCGUAUUCGCCGAGGCGAUGACGGCUUGAUGACCGGCGAGUGCAUGUUGGCUCUUGACACUCCCGAACAUGCCAUCGAAGCUGCCAAGAACCUCAACGGAGCUACUAUUAAAGACCAAUUGAUUAAGGUCGAAGUUCCAAAUGUUUAA